ACACUAGUGGAUACAGUAGCUGGUUCCCACCAUGAGACUUAACAACUGCCUGACCAUCCUCCAUGUGUCCAUCUUAGCGGCUCUCUUCCUCACUUUGGAUGCUGAUAGUAAGUUUUUGUUAUUCUAUCUACCGUACAUCGCUCACUCUCAAUCUGAGCAGGUCUUUGUUUCUCUUUUGUUAAUUAACGUGUUCAAGAAUAGGAAUAAGUUAAGCAAUGUUUUGCAUGUUAAAGAUUAUAAAGACCGAAAAGGUUUUAAAUACAUGUAUUAUACCUCACACAUAAAAUCCAGCGCAGGCGUACAGACACUCAAAGACUCAACAGCGCAGCGUUAAUAACUUGACAAGGAAAUAAACUAGAUUGAAUAUGAAUGUUUUUGGUUUAAUUCCUAUAAAAGGGAAAAAGUAAAAGACAUAAGAUUUUACUCUGUGGGAAAAAAACCUGAAGAAAACCAAUGAAUUCCUGUUAAAAUGUAAAUAUCUGAAGAAAUUGGGUCUCGGAUGCUAUAACGCAGUAACUUUAGCUCAUUGUUUGCACCUCAGGGGGAUCUUUAUGGAGCAUCUUUAGAUGGUUGAUGGAAAAUAUUAGCCAUUCUUCUCAUACAACCAUUCCAGCAAGUAAAAAUGACAAAGAUUUAGCUUUUUUCUUGAGAAGAACGAUUACAAGUAAAAAGCAGGCUACAUACUGCAUGGCAGAACAGCAUUGUAAUAAGGUAGAAUCACCAUCAAAGACAUCGGGGCAGGCCUUUUGCUGUGAAAUUAAGCCUCUUGGUCACUGUUAGCUUGGUCACUAGCUUCAUACUUGGCAUCACUUUCUCACAAGUUUCCCCGAUCUCUAACAUUAAGGAGUGUAAACUUAACCCUUGUGUUGUCUUCCCGUCGCCCAUGCAACUUUUUGUUUUUCUAUGCUUUUCCUGACUCUUUUCCUGAUGUUGUCGUCACUUUUUCUGACGUUUUAGUUGCGUUUUUGCACAUUUUAAAAACAUUUUGUCGCUUUUUUCAACGUUUUUGAAGAUUUUUUAGACUUUUGUCAAUUUUUUUCAAUGUUCUUUUACCAUUUUCUUUUCCAAACCCUAUAAGAUUUGAUAAAACACCCAAAUCCAAUGAAAACAGUGAACUGACCAUUUAUUUUACUUGUAAAGAGCGUUGUGUGGAACCACCCACGUUAUCUUUUUUGGCAAUUUGGUUGAAAGAAAUCCAAAUUUCUGAUAUAUAGAAACUUUGAAAAUGGGUCCUAUUAUCCCCGAGGAUAACAGGAGGGUUAUACAGUUUUAAUUUAGAUUUGAGGUCGCACAGAACCCAAUGCAAAAAAAAAAAGUGCUUUAACCACAGAAAUACCACACAUGAUUUGUUGACCUGAAUUUGAAGUUUGAUGGCUGCAGCUGCAACAUUUCAAACCUUUUUUCUGUGCUCGGAUUCUUUUCUUGUCUACUCCUGCAGACUGAUUUUGAAAAUGUUACAUCACUUUUCACUGCUUUCAUAUUUUGUCAUCCUCAGCUGGUAUCACAUUGCCCCAGUCAUUUCUAAUCUUCUGUCAGGUGAAGUUUCAAAUUGUAAAGUUGAAAUUAAAGUACGCAGCAUGCUUCUCCUUGGAGAAGACCUUCGGAUUAACUGCACGGUUGCUUUUUGUAACAAUUCACCACCAGGACAGUCUCCUGGUAUAAAGUUGGGGAAACUAAACGUGUCCCUGUCAAAGUCUGCAGUCACAUUAAAACAGACUGUAAACUUGUAAAGCAUUUAGAAGGGAUAUCGUUUUUGGUCUUUGAAAAAAUACGCAAAAGUGACUCAGGUGUGUAUCAGUGUAAAGUGGGAGGCAGUUUGAGUCCUGAGAUCAGCGUCUCUGUCCAUGGUGAGUGAUCCUUCUGCACAGCAUGGAUUAUACUGGACUGUACAGAUGCUGAAUUCACUCUCUCACAGUGACAUCGCCAUUUAGGCUUACAUUCUUUACUGACGCGGAGUCAAAUGUCCUCUUUUAUCUCACAGAGACCCCAGAAGACACUUUCUGGCCAUAUGUGUACCGUGGCGUCGGACUCACAGUGUUUGUCCUCAUAAUGAUAACUUUAUGUGUUGCAUCAAGAUGCAGGUGUAAAGGUGAGGAGUUUGGAUCUUUACAUACAGUGAUUGUUCAGCAGCAGAGGCACUCUGCAGACGUCCUGAUGAAGGAGAAUCCAGGGACACACCAGAUCUGAGUUGCCAGCCCUCCCAUGAUGCAUUGCCUCCCAUUCAUAUCUAUGAAAACGAUUAGUAGUCCCCAUAUCUGUGCCUUGAUAUCAAUCUGCUCACUUCAAAUGAUUCAUAUCAAAACAUUUCAUAGUAUUCAUUUCAAGAUUUUGUAACCUGCAACUUGUAUCUAAUUUAUUCACAUUUUUCCUGAUACUUGUUUAUCAAUGCUUGGCUUUGCUGUUAUGUUUUGUAUUUGUAUGUAAUAUGCUUUGUGAAUGAUUAAUGUGGUUCUCAUGGCCUUAAAAUGAACAUGUACAUUUUUACAUUGACCAAAUUAAAUGAUUAAUUGACCCAUUGUUUUUAAAAUGAUGUGUUUACUGUUGUGCAUACUAGUAAGUGUAAUGGGGAUAUGCAUACGCCAAAGACCACCGAAAGCAGGAAGUAAAGUACACCAUUGUUGUAUCUAGAGCUGACAGUGAUAGCUGUUCUCCACACGUGGACACAGCAGCUGGUUUUUGAGUGUGUCCACCAUGAGACUUAACUACUGCCUGACCAUCCUCCAUGUGUCCAUCUUAGCGGCGCUCUUCCUCACUUUGGAUGCUGAUAGUACGGAUUCAACUUGCGACAUAGAAAUUAGAGUACGUCGCGGCACGGUUUAUGAAGCUGUCCUUGGAGAAGACCUUCGGAUUAUCUGCUCAGUUGCUUUCUGCAACAAUUCCCCACUGACAGUCUCCUGGUAUAAAUAUGAGACAACUAAACCUGUCCCUGUUGAUGUCAGCAGCAGCAGUCACAUUAAAACAGAGUGGACACAUUUAAAGCCUUUAGAAGGGAUAUCGUAUUUGAUCUUCCAAAAAAUACUCAGAAAUGACUCAGGUCAGUAUCAGUGUCACACUGGAGGCAGUAUGAGUCAUAGCAUCAACGUCUCUGUCUAUGGUACGGAUUCAACUUGCGACAUAGAAAUUAGAGUACGUCGCGGCACGGUUUAUAAAGCUCUCCUUGGAGAAGACCUUCGGAUUAACUGCCCAGUUGCUUUCUGCAACAAUUCCCCACUGACAGUCUCCUGGUAUAAAUUUGAGACAACUAAACCUGUCCCUGUUGAUGUCAGCAGCAGCAGUCACAUUAAAACAGAGUGGACACAUUUAAAGCCUUUAGAAGGGAUAUCGUAUUUGAUCUUCCAAAAAAUACUCAGAAAUGACUCGGGUCAGUAUCAGUGUCACACUGGAGGCAGUAUGAGUCAUAGCAUCAACGUCUCUGUCUAUGGUGAGGUCAAGCUCACCACUGUUACAUGGACGACUUUGGAACCAGAGAGCACAGAAGAGACUUUCUGGCCAAAUGUGUACCGUGUUGUUGGAAUCAUGGCGUUUGUCAUCACGGUGCUAACUGUAUGGGUUGCUUCAAGCUGUGGGUGUAAAGGAGAAUCCAGGGACACACCAGAUCUGAGCUGCCAGCCCUCCCAUGAUGCAUUGACUACCACCACUAUCUAUGAAAAUGUUUAGUAGUCUAUCUGUGCCUUGAUAUUAAUCUGCUCAGUUAAAAUGACUCAUAUCAAAACAUUUCAUAGUAUUCAUUUCAAGAUUUUGUAACCUGCAA